AUUCCUGCACACUUGCUUAGCAAAAUGCAACGCUCGUUCGCAGUAGUGGCCGCCCUCCUGGCCGUGGCCUCCGUGGCCCACGGGCAGUACGACCUGCACACAUGGCCCAACCGAAGCACUAUUGUGCACCUCUUCGAGUGGAGGUGGGAAGACGUGGCCCGCGAGUGCGAAGAUUACCUUGCACCCAACAACUUUGCCGGUAUCCAGUUGUCCCCAGUGGCUGACCACCUUAGGUGUGAUGAGCGCGGCCGUCCCUGGUGGGAAGUGUACCAGCCGUUGGCAUACGAAAUCGGCACCCGAUCUGGCUCCGAGGCCGACUUCGCCGACAUGGUGAGCCGUUGCAACGCUGUCGGCGUCAGGAUCAUCGUCGAUGUCGUGCUGAACCACAUGUCUGGUGACUGGGACCCGACCAUCAGCAUCUCCGGCGCUGUCUCGGACCCCGCUAACCGCGACUACCCUGGAAUUCCCUUCACCAUCGAUCACUUCAACCCCUUCUGCGAGGCCAACAACUACCAGAACGCUGAAAUUAUUCGUAACUGCGAAAUCGCUCAACUUCAUGAUCUGAACACAUCGAUUCCCUACGUCAGGGACAAGCAGGUCGAGUACCUGAACAAGCUUAUUGGACAUGGCGUUGCCGGAUUCAGGGUUGACGCCGCCAAACACAUCUGGCCGGAGCACCUGAAGGACGUGAUGGACCGCUUGAACGAUUUGCCCGUCGAGCAGGGCUUCCCUGCUGGCGCUCGCGCCUUUGUAGCCCAGGAGGUGAUCGACUUCGGCACCGGCGAGGCCGUCACCAAGGACGAGUACUACGGCAUUGGUUUGGUGACCGAGUUCCGCUACGGAUCUGAGCUGGGCCGCGCCAUGCGAGGCCAGAACCCGCUAAAGUGGUACUACAACUUCGGUGAGGAGUGGGGCUUCGCUCCGUCGCAGUACGCGCUCGUGUUCAACGACAACCACGAUAACCAGCGCGGCCACGGCGCCGGCGGACAGAACGUGAUCACCUACAAGGACCCCAAGUGGUACAAACAGGCGCAGUCCUUCAUGCUGGCCUGGCCGCACGGCUACCCCAGGAUCAUAUCCAGCUUCGACUUCGUUGACCCCGAGGUCGGACCCCCAAUGGACGUUGACGAGAACAUCCUGCCGGUCAUCAUCAACGACGAUGGCACGUGCGGAAAUGGAUGGGUCUGCGAGCACAGAUGGAACGCUCUCACCCAGAUGACCAACUUCAGGAUUGCGGUCCAAGGUAGUACAAACGUCACUGAAUGGUGGGACAACGGAAACAACCAGGUUGCCUGGUCUCGCGAGGGACUUGGUUUUAUCGUCAUCAACGGCGAAGCUGGUGAUCUCAGUGAAACUCUCAAGACUGGUCUUCCUGCUGGCACCUACUGCGAUGUGAUUUCCGGCAAGCUGGAAAACGGCGCUUGCACAGGGCUGACAAUUGAGGUUGCCGCCGACGGAACUGCUGCCAUUUCUCUGCCUGGAACCUCUGAGGAUGGUGUCAUGGCCACUCACGUCAAUGCUAAACUGGCUUGAAGAAGAAUCGUAUAAAUUUUCCCCUUUGUACAUACACUGUGAAUAAAAAUUUAGUUUAAUGACAAUGACAAAA